GAACGCCCACAGCGUAGGCCUACAUGAUCAGAUGGGCUGCAGGUUGCAAGAUAACUCAGGGAAGCCGGUGAAGCGGUGUGCAGGGACACCGGCGACAAUUUGGCCAGCUCAUCAGAUGCGGAGGGCUGUGAUACUGUUGGUCAGCGCAAGGACACGGCAUUGUGAAGAUUCCGAGGAUAAGCGGUCUCGUUUUGAACUACGGUCCAGCUGGAGCUCAACUUCAACAUGAUGGACGAAGACAAGGCCAUGAUAGAGCUGCAAAUCAAAGAGGAGCUGCAAGUCACAGAUGAGCUGCAAGUUAAAGAGGAGCUGCAAGUCACAGAUGAGCUGCAAGUUAAAGAGGAGCUGCAAGUCACAGAUGAUCUGCAAGUUAAAGAAGAGCUGCAAGUCACAGAUGAUCUGCAAGUUAAAGAGGAGCUGCAAGUCACAGAUGAUCUGCAAGUUAAAGAAGAGCUGCAAGUCACUGAUGAUCUGCAAGUCAAAGAGGAGCUGCAAGUCACAGAUGAGCUGCAAGUCACAGAUGAGCUGCAAGUCAAAGAGGAGCUGCAAGUCACAGAUGAGCUGCAAGUCAAAGAGGAGCUGCAAGUCACAGAUGAGCUGCACAUCAAAGAGGAAGAAGAGGAGUGGACAGUGACCCAGAGAUCCUACAGCCCCCCGCGCCAGUUAUGGUCAUCAAAACCCUUUGGCCUCACCUCCAGAAAACAGGAAAUAACAGAGGAAAUGGUGGUACUGAAAGAUUCCAGUCCCAUGGAGCUGAUUCAUCACAGCGGCACAUGUGUGGCUGGAGCACCUUUAUGUAACCACUGUAUGCUAAGCUGUACCGAGGGAGAACAACAAUGGCACAAGCACAGAACUUUGGGUUUAAGGCCAGGCCCUGUGCACAGGAUGGCUGUGCUGUCUGCUAAACCAAAGUGUGGAGCAACAACAGAGGGUGUAAGGAGCAUACUCUACAAAGGCCUCAGUGGGGAUUUACCUGAUCGCUCCGUCCUUCAGAUUGACCCACACAGUCUGGGCACCAGGAUGGACCUUGGGACCUCCAACACCUCAAACACCACAGUUAAUCCCGCUCCUGUCAGUUUGGAUGCACAGCCGGGGACUUCAAGGAGCUGCAAAGCACCCCGUAUGUGCGCUGCUUGUGGCAAAGCCACGUCGGUCCUCGGCCACUUUGUGCACAAAAAAAAGAUUUUCUGCCAGUCCACAUCCGAAGGGGUCACCCUGGAGGAGUGGAUACAGAAAAAUGUGCCUAGAACCACCAGGUGGAGGUGGAAGGUCCAGGAGGAGGCCAUUAUGGCCGGGGUUAUACUAACCCCAAAAAAGCACCAUACCUGCAGCAUGUGCAAAAAGAGGAUGACGAGGGACGCCGGUCACAGCGUGCACAAGGCCACACGUCAGUCCUUCUGCCAGGCCACUGACCCUUUGGGCAGGACAGUGGAGGAGUGGCUCACAGAGAUUCGUGGUGGGGUCUCCACAAAAGACUUUAUCAAGGCAAACCUUAAAAAAAGAUGGAGGCGGUACCAUCAAAAACCAGAUGUGCAGGAGAAACGGAGACAGAAAAGGAGGGAGCAGUAUCUCAUAGAGAAGAAGGCAAAAGAGCUUAAUAAGCAGAAGAAGGUGGAGGAGAAAAAGUAGUUUAGGAGAGGUGUGUAUAUAAUAUGACGAUCAGUGAAGGGCUGCACACUUAACUGAAUAUUAAUCAUGCACACUUCGGCUUCCCAUAAUUAAAUGAUCGACUGGGAUAUUAAUGUUCAAUUAAUAUGUGUGGUCUGCACAUAGAAAACUGCUGCAUAUUAAAUCAAGUGCCUGCGACGCGUUCAUCCUGCAGCAGCAGUCUGUGAGAGACUAUCCUGAGCUUUGCAACAGCAGACGAGCUAAACUAAAUAAAUUCGUCAUCAGUCAUCAUUAUCCAUUGUUUGGAAGUAUUUCAGAUUUAGAUGCGAGGUGAAAGCAGUCCUCUGUUAAUUUAAAUGUGAAAGUACAAUAAAAAUAUUUUGUCCCUUAAAACAAAAGAUAAUCAUGAUAUAUAAAUGCGAUCUCAAUAUUGAUAAAAAUAAUCGUGAUUAUCAUUUUUGAUAAUUGUGCUGCUCUAGAUCAAUGUGUAUUAUAGUUUGAUACUAAUCUCGCAUUGCAUUAGACUUUAUUCCCUGUUGUUCAUAAUCCUGCAAUUUAAUUUCAGCUGGCUGCUAAAUGAUGUCAGUAUUUUCUGCUUGUCCAUCAUUCCAACACAUCAAUUCCUCUUUUUUCUGUUUUUUUGGUCUCCAAAGUUUCGGUAACGUUAGUAAUCAACAGCAAAUGCUCAGCCUUUUGGCCACUGAGGUGUUGCUGAACUUAAAGUGGGUAAAAUCUUAUUUCAUUGUAAAGCUGCCAGCAGCAUAUUGAUUCGCUUGGCCCAUCCUAAACCUGCUCUUGCUCUGUUAAUCACGAGACUGCUGCAGAGAUGUGCGAUCUGCGACAGGGCCACAUGGCCCACACAUGGUGACGGGACUAACUGUUAGCAUCACAUGGCUAAUAUUACAAAUGGUUGUUAACAGAUUUAAUGACAGAGUUAAGUCAUUUUGGUGUCAGUGUGAGUUUGUUGAGACCAUUUGACUGCUCAGUGCCUGACAUUCGCUGUUGCUGUGUUAGCACACGCUAACCAGACAGACUUAUUUAUUCACCUUGUUUAUCGAGGCUAUAAAGUAUUGGGCUUUUUAAAUAAACUUCCAACACUCAGCUGCUGUGACAUUUUGCAGUGGUAUCUACCAAUGUACCAAGAGUUCACCUCUUCGGACAAACCCAGCUAGCCAAAGGGGUCAUGUACAUGAGAUCUAACACAAGAUUAGAUGUUAGCUAAUUAAUAUGCGCAUGCCAUCAACUGGACAGGGAUGUGAAUUACUUUAAAUUACCGUAGAUCUGUCAAAAUGACUGGCUGCCUUAAGAUUUUUCCAUCACUGUGAAAUAAAAACUUAAAAAAAUAUAUAUAUUCUGGACCUCUGCUUUCUUGUAGUUUGAUAUUUUGCUUGCUCAUGUAUAUUUGGCUCUUUCUUGUAUUU